GACGAGUGGGGCGGAAAUAUCCGCCCGCGCGCCGUUCGCUUCGGCCAAUCAGCGGCUUCGGAACGCGGGGCACGCGAGUCUGGCGCAGUAGACCCGCCCCCUUCUGCCAUGGCGCUGAUGGCUGGCGUGAUCCGGCGCCUGGAUGAGGUAGUGGUGAACCGCAUCGCGGCCGGCGAGGUCAUCCAGCGCCCGGCCAACGCCAUCAAGGAGAUGGUCGAGAACUGUUUGGAUGCCAAAUCUACAAGCAUCCAGGUGACUGUGAAAGAAGGAGGAUUGAAACUGAUUCAGGUCCAAGAUAAUGGGUGUGGAAUUAGGAAAGAAGAUUUAGAUAUUGUAUGCGAGAGAUUCACUACAAGUAAAUUACAGACAUUUGAAGAUCUAGCCAGUAUUUCCACCUAUGGGUUUAGGGGUGAGGCUCUGGCUAGCAUAAGUCAUGUUGCCCAUGUUACUGUAACAACUAAAACUGCUGAUGCAAAGUGUGCAUACAGAGCCAACUAUUGUGAUGGGAAAUUGAAAGCUCCUCCAAAGCCUUGUGCUGGAAACCAGGGGACUCAGAUCACGGUUGAAGAUCUUUUUUAUAAUGUAAAUACAAGGAGGAAAGCUUUAAAAAAUCCAAGUGAAGAAUAUGGAAAAAUAUUAGAAGUUGUUAGCAGGUAUGCCAUCCACAACUCGGGCAUCAGUUUUUCAGUUAAAAAGCAAGGUGAUACAGUGGCAGAUGUUAGAACCCUGUCAAAUGCUACAACCGUGGACAAUAUUCGGUCUGUCUUUGGAAAUGCUGUUAGCCGAGAACUCAUAGAAGUGGGUUGUGAAGAUACAAGGCUGGCCUUUAAAAUGAAAGGCUAUAUAACGAAUGCCAACUAUUCUGUGAAGAAAUGCAUAUUUUUGCUCUUCAUAAAUCAUCGAUUGGUAGAAUCCACUGCUUUGCGGAAAGCCAUAGAAACUGUAUAUGCUGCUUAUUUGCCAAAGGGCACUCAUCCGUUCUUGUAUUUAAGCCUAGAAAUAGCCCCUCAGAAUGUGGAUGUGAAUGUGCACCCUACAAAGCAUGAAGUUCACUUUCUUCAUGAAGAUAGUAUCCUAGAACAUGUGCAGCACCAUAUAGAGAGCAAGUUACUGGGCUCUAACUCUUCAAGGAUGUACUUCACACAGACUUUACUUCCAUCAGCUGAUUGUUCUUCAACUGAAGUGGUUAAAUCAGCAGCAAGUUCAUCAUUGACAUCUAAGGGAACAGGUAACAAGGUCUAUGCUCACCAGAUGGUUCGCACAGAUGCCCGAGAGCAAAAGCUUGAUGCUUUCCUUCAGCCAGUGAACAAAUCCUUAAGUACAGGGCCUGAUGCAGUGACAUCAGGGAGUAGUUCAGAACUUUGUGAUGGCAAAGCCAGACAACAAGAAGCUGAAAUGGAAGAUUUCAGUAAGUUUAAUACAACAGCUGUUGCACAAGGGGAUGCAGCAGUGCCACCAGAGGAGUUGAAAGAAACUGGAAGGCUGUCUCCUGAAACAAUGCCUCCUCGAAAGAGACAGCGGGCAGACAGCGAUGUAGAAAUGGAGGAAGAUCAUAGUAGGAAGGAAAUGACUGCCGCUUGCACCCCUCGAAGAAGGAUUAUUAACCUAACCAGUGUACUGACUCUGCAAGAAGAAGUUAAUAACCAGGCACACACAAGUCUUCAGGAGAUGCUACGUGAUCACUCAUUUGUUGGUUGUGUUAGCCCUCAGUGGGCCUUGGCACAAUACCAGACAAAACUGUAUCUUCUCAAUACCACAAAACUCAGUGAAGAGCUCUUCUACCAGAUACUAGUUUUUGACUUUGCAAAUUUUGGAGUUUUAAGAUUGUCAGAACCAGCACCACUGUAUGAUCUAGCGAUGCUUGCUUUGGAGAACCCUGAAAGUGGCUGGACAGAAGAGGAUGGCCCAAAAGAAGGACUUGCAGAGUAUAUUGUUGAGUUUCUAAAGAAGAAGACUGAAAUGCUGAGAGAUUACUUCUCUCUUGAAAUUGAUGAGGUAGGAAACCUUACUGGACUACCACUCCUCAUAGACAACUAUAUUCCCCCCUUGGAGGGAUUACCUAUGUUUAUCCUUCGUUUGGCUACAGAGGUAAACUGGGAUGAAGAGAGAGAAUGUUUUGAAAGUCUCAGCAAGGAGUUAGCCAUGUUUUACUCUAUUAGAAAGCAAUAUAUGCUGGAUGAAUCUAACCUAACUAGUUCACAGAAUGAAGACCUUGAUUCAAGUUCAAAAACAUGGAAAUGGACCGUGGAACAUAUUGUUUACAAAGCUUUAAGGAGCCAUCUUUUACCUCCUAAACACUUCACAGAAGAUGGCAACAUUUUGCAGCUUGCUAAUCUACCAGACCUAUAUAGAGUUUUUGAGAGAUGUUGAAUGGAUUAUUUUAUAGCCUAUUUUUUCUUAGCAGGAGAUAAAGCUGGACUCUCCCAAAAGCUUUAUAAGUAGUGGGGGUAAAUUUUCCACUUAAGUUAGUUUAAAAAAUAAAGCUAUAUUCAAACUAAA